AUGGCAUCGUUUCAUAUACAUCUGCUCUGUUGGCUGUCAGUCGCACUUUGUAUCAGUGCCCAAGUUUACACCGGUCCGGGAGACCCUCGUCUCGUCGAGGCGAUCACGACGGAUCCUCCCAUCAACCGCGUCAGCACCUCGCCGGGUGGUCGUCUGUUUGUACCGUAUGCCCGUAUCGACGGCUCGACAGGUCCGACGGUGGUCGAGUAUAACUUGACCACCAACGCCACUACCGCAUACCCCGAUGUGCGCUGGAAUUCGUAUCAGCCGGGAGACGAUCCAGCGACGGCCUUUGUGCGUAUCAAUUCGCAAAGAAUCGGACCAGACGGCUGCCUAUGGCUGGUGGACGUGGGCUCCCCGGGUUUUGGGCAGGCGGUCAUCCUGCCUGACGGGCCGAAGCUCAUCCAAGUCAAUGUGACUACAAACGAAGUCCAGCGGGUGUACCCUAUGGGCAACGUGACUCGGUCCGUCAGCCUCCUGGACGAUGUCCGCUUCAACCUGGCAACAGGCAAAGCUUACCUGACCGACGCCGGGUCUCCCGCCCUCAUCGUCCUGGAUCUGGGCUCCGGCAUUGCCAGACGCGUCCUCGACAACGAUCUAAGCACUCGAGAGUACCUCCCCAUCUCCGCCGAAGGAAGUCUCUUGACGAAUGCGUUCCCUCAAGGUGGCUUCUCCUUCAUCUACGCCGACCAACUAUAG